AUGGCCGAAGCCCUGGACCCUGAUGACGAUUCUGAUGCAGAACCGGCCUCUGACUUUGCAGAGGUUGAUUUGGCAUCGGACUACCCUCGACUGUUAGGCGUGGAUCGAAAACGUGAGGCAGAACUUUUUAACGUCCUCUCCAUCCACCUCAAGGGAGGACUCCCAGAAGGAUGGUCGAUACACGUGGAGGAGGAGAGAUCAGCGGCUUAUUUCUGGAAUGAGGUUAGUGGCCAGAGUUCCUGGACUCAUCCCGACCACCAGGUUUUUCAG